AUGGCAGCCCGUGUUGCAAAACAGGACACAGGCCGAGCGCAAGUAUAUCACGACAAAGCUGGCCGCGAGCAGGUCAAGCUUGAUGUUCAAGCCGUAAACGGCACUAUUCAACCCGAGACAAGGGCGAGGAGAAGAACGCGACUGAUCACCGGAGAAAGAGCCGAAGAAUACAGAAAAGCCGUCACCGACCAUCUGCGCCCGCAAAACUCGAAUGUGAAUGCCAAGAUCUCCCACAAGGGCCAGCGUUCACAAGAGGCACAAGCUGCGAGCCAUGAACGAACCGCAAGCAAAGGACAGAGGCGGCGAUCACAGAAACCAGCCGUGAAACAAUACCCCCAAGAAAUCCCUCCGCCAUUCAUCUCUCAGCCGGCCGGGAUAAAACGGAAGCGCUCGCACGACGCUCAAGCUGGGGCUGGAGCCGAAGUAGACGACUCCCAACUCGAGCACCUUACAAAACAGAUGAGGAGAAGUACUCCUCCCUGCCUCGAGCACCCUGAGGAGGACUUACCAAAACUCCUUGAACCUAAAGUAGAAGCUGGUAAGCGAGAAGGCGUACGGCCUUCAAUACAGCCCUCAAGACUCCCCUCCCCCAAAGACCAGCUCUCUGAGAACAACUUACGCAUAAUCAAUGCGGAAAUGAACCCCGUAGCCGACAAUGCUCCAGUUCUCAACCGGACCUCGUCACGACGUUCCAUAGUCCCGUCGGAAGCGGGCACAGUCCAAUCCCAGCGCUCUUCUAACACCAAUGCCUUCUACCGCCACCAAAAUCUUUUAGCUGUCCAGAUCCAUAUCCACGCUAAGCCGCCUGACUUCAUCGAGGCCGCGACCAAUCGCAUUGUUAACGCUAAAGUCUCCAAGCAGCGCCGGGCUGAACUCCGCGUCAUAGCUCAAGAAUUCAGUAAUAGCUGCCUCAAAAAUGUCAGGGCUCAGUCUGGCGAGGAUGACUUUAUAAAUCCACUCCAUACUGCCCUCAAGGCUCUGGGUCUCAAGAACCUCUGUAUCCAUAAAAAAGCCGAGUGGAGAGAGGAGCUUCAGCCUACAGUCCCGCAGCAGUUGCAUUUCAGUUCGAGCUUCAUGGCCGGUGUCCAGCAACUAGAGGUUGACGACGUCUCAGCCUGUCCGAGAGAACGCCAGCAGCAGUCCACUGGCGAAGAAAGGGGGGAUCGCUACCCGAUUAAAAAUCCCCGGCCCGACCUCUCAAUAGGCACUGAUCUCACGGCUCUCAUCUCUGCUCUCUCGGCGCAGAAACUCAACAAGGCCAAGGCCGCGGCAUUCAUCCACUGGCUCCAGAAUGAGAUGGUGCAACACGAGCCAGAGGGGCCGCUUGAACCAAUGCUACUCUUAGUACCGGCGCCACGCGCUUUAGAUCUCGCCUUCCCGUUUGCUGUUGUUGAAGGUAAGGCUUACUCGACCGGUAAACAAAUUUUCGAGGCAGAGAAUCAAGCUGCGGUUUCUGGGGCUUGCGCGCUCAAGAUACAGCUUGAUCUAGAUAGCCUGGUUAACAGCGGAACGAUGAGAUCUGGUGCUCUGCCUAAAUCCUCGAAUGCCCAUCCCCCGCUCUUCUUCUCCAUCACCACCCAAGGUCCCAUCCACGAGCUCUGGUACCACUGGACCGUCUAUGAAGACGGUGUACGCAAGUUCGAAUCGAAGCUUCUGGAUAGUUGUAAUGCACUGGUGCUGGAGCGAGGGGAGGACUUUGUGGUCAAGCUCAAUAAUGCCCUGAAAAGCAAUGCUGUCGCGAUGCCUGAUGAUGGGGCUAGUUCUGUAUUGAGAAGUGUUACGGAAUGGCUCAACAACAGCUCAUGUACUCCUCCCAUCAGUGAACCUUUAACGGCCAUCGAGAACUGUCAGUCGCGUUUUGUGAAUGCGGACAUCCAAGGAGGGCAACUGUCGAAGAAGCGCAAGAGAUCGCCAGGCUCUAUGAGCACAAUGAGCGAUCCUAUUAUGCGAUCUCCUCCGAGAUCCAGCAGUAGCACGACUUCCAGUCGAAGUCGCAGCCCAGUGAAACGGAGAGCAGACUUCGAUAUAAUGUACCCCCGGAUCACGUUCAAUGAGGACAAAAGGACGUUCACGGACGACGAUUGGGAACUCCCUGACAGUAUGAGGAAGGCUGCAGUGAAUAUACCCAAGGAGAUGCGCGAGGAUUUAGAAAGACAUCCUGUUGCUAGACGGAACUUGAAUCAAGUUACGUGGCAAGAGGAUCAUCGCCAUUCGCUUUCCGAGAUCCGUGACUUCUGGAUAAAGUCCAGAGCAUUGAAGAAGCGGCAACUAUAUGUUCGAAAGAGGACUGGCUCUCAGCUGGUCGGGCUUGAGAAACAAAGUGAUGUUGGCAAAUCUCGCGUCGUCUCCAACAAGAUUGACUAUGGUCUGUGUCUGCAACCUGACGCUGAGGAGGAAGUUAUGAUCGAGAACGUCCUUCGGAAUAUGAGCGACGAACUGCCUAGCAUCAGUCAGUCAGCUGUUCCUAUGCUUCGCAAACGAGCCCUCUUCUGCAACCUGGAAAUCAAAAAGCCCUAUGGAAACAAAGAUCCAGUACCGCAACUUGGGGUGUGGUCGAUAGCAGGAUUGACAAAAUUGUCGAACCUGGCGCGAGAGUCCCACAUGAAGAUCGGAGGAACUACGAUGCUCGAGGAUCCGGAGGUGCCUGUUUUUCCGAGCUGGAGCGUGGAAGGCCACCGGUGGCAAUUCUACCUUGGAAGGAGAUGCUCAUCUACGGAAACAGUCAUUCAAGGACCUUUUUGGAAUUACGAUACCAGUUCAGUUGUCGAGAUUAUAUUUAUUGUGAAUACCUUGUGCGAAAUACUUCGCUGGGGUAACACGACCUUUCGGAAAUGGCUGCUGACAGUUAUAUCUGGACUGCAAACAGAUUGA